UUCAAUUGUUCACAAUCGUCAACUUGCACCCAAACGUAUCAGUACGUUCCUAUUCAGUACGGCACGGGCUCAACGCAGGGUUACGUUGAUAACGAUGUCGUCUGCUUUGGAACGAAUCAUCAGUACUGUACCAACAACCAACAGGGUUUUCUUUGUGCAAUGCAAGAGCCCGGAGAGACAUUCGUUGACAAACCAUUCGACGGCAUUCUCGGAAUGGCAUGGGAUUCGAUUGCGCAAGGAGGCGUUGCUCAACCUAUGACACAGAUCUUUGCUAAUCAGGCAAUUUGCCCGGAAGCCGUCUUUGCUUUCUGGCUAAACCGUGACCUCUUCAAUAAUGUCAUCGGUGGAGAGCUGACUCUGUGUGGAAUUGACCCGACCCAUUAUCAGGGCACAAUUGCGUGGGAGCCGCUGAUAUCGGAGACCUACUGGCAAAUCCAACUCGGAGGGCUAACCGUCAACGGGCAGCAAAUCAUCGAUGGUCCCGUCGGAGCAAUCGUUGACAGUGGCACGUCGCUCAUAGCAGGACCACCUGCAUUGGUCCAAGAGAUCCAACAAGCCAUUGGAGCAGAAUACGAAUCGAUCGACUGCAGCACUAUUCCUAGUCUUCCACCAAUCACCUUUACCAUCGGUGGCACAGAGUUGACCCUGACGGCAAAGCAAUACGUGAUCCAGUACACUGACGGAACGUGCGGAUCUGGCUUUCAAGAAUUCCAAAAUCCAGUUCCCGGUGUCUCAUGGAUCCUCGGUGACGUCUUCAUAGGGACCUUCUACUCGAUA